GUGGAAAAUAUGCGGCAUUGAGCACGUCCAGAGGCAGACAGCGCAACACCCUUUUGCUUGUGCCCCUGCGCGAUCUUUAACUUGAAUACCUGUCGCCGUCCUAUAUUUGCUUGGUACACAACAUUUUUAAUUCCGUGCACCCUUUGUAUCGCUGCUAGCUCGCUCUAUUGUCUCAACCCCUUGUCGUCACUGUUUUGGAGAGGGAGGGCACUGUUUUGUCCACAUGGCAACCAUGGCAAUGGACUCGACCCACGAAGUCCUCGCACUCACCAAGCCAAGAAAGCGGCCUCGAUCGCGCGGCUCGACUACUUCCAUUCACAGCGCCACAACACAGGCCAACGUGGAACCCAGCUUUGCCGAGUCCGCCGAUGUGUAUCCUUCACAAUGGUUGCCCAACAACUCCAGCCAACCCCGAGAGCUUCCCAGUGGAUCCGCCCAGAUGACGCCGGAGGACCUGCUGCUCGCGUCGCAGCUGCAGGCAAGCCGCGAUUUCGGACCAGAACCGCAAAUGAGUGCGCCUAUUCAGAGUGUUUCGUUCCACCAUCAUAGCCACAGCAUGAGCAGGCAGUCUCUUUCUGCCGAGUCUUUCACCGGAAACGCGAGCUUCGCAGACGACAGCCAGAUGCUGGAUCGGGAUGUCAACGACGACGGCGACUCGUUUCAUGGAAUGCCCGCGCCUAAGUCUGGCCCGCGUUCCAAUGCCAACAAUGAAAUUGAGAUGCGGCAAUUAUUCAAUUCCAACAAGCACCGUACUCUCGAGGAGGUAGCCCAAGAACUGCUCGGCAAUGACCGCGGCCCGAACUCUGAGAGGGCGCGCCAGGUUUUUGCUAUGCUUUGGAUAAGCAAGGUUUGCUCAACCGGCAAGGGAUCGGUACCCAGAGGGCGAGUAUAUGCCAACUAUGCCAACCGAUGCGCCACCGAGAGGAUCACCGUGUUGAACCCUGCUAGCUUCGGGAAGCUGGUGCGGGUGCUCUUCCCGGGGCUGAAGACACGGCGGUUGGGCGUUCGUGGAGAAUCGAAAUAUCAUUACGUGAAUUUCCAGUUAAAGGAAGAGCAGCCAGAUGUUGGGGAUAGCCCAAGUCAAGCGGCCGCACCCUUGGGAGAAAAUCCUUCUUUGUCGCAAAACUUCAACGCCCUUCCCGCCCCCUCUGCCUCCAUGCGAUCUGAGAGGACUCCUCUCUCUGUGCCUCCAACCACACACCAAGCGGAUUCGAGAGCCAUGCGGUCGAACGAAUUCCACCACAGUGUCUACAACCAACCACAGGUAGCCAGCUUCGAUCAGUUGCAGUCGACGAUGGGCAAGACACCCCAGCAGCUUCGCUUUUCAACCGACAUUGGGGAGACGUUUAAGCAGUCAGACCCAAUCAUCCUCCCCCGGAUCGAAUCUUACCUUCCUUCCGGCACGGACCCCGAUGCGGCCAAGUCCCUCGUGGCUCUUUAUCGCUCCUUCUGCACGUCUCUGGUCGAAUGUAUCCGGUAUUGCAAGGAAAAGUCGUUCUUCCACCUGUUUACGUCUUUUCAGGGCACCCUCACCAUGCCGGUACAGAAGCUGUUCUCCAACCCGGCCAUUGCCUCCUGGAUCGAGGAAUGCGAUUUUAUACUGUACCAGCGUAUGAUGCGCAUUGUCUCGGGCCUGACGCUCCAGGUCGUGCCUAAGCCCGUGUUGGACACGCUUCGCAACAUCUCGGAGCGACUGGUGCCCCAUAUUCGGGAUUCAUUCCACGGGCAGCCUCACCACGUUAUCAGGGCGAAAGAGGCGCCAGCCACCAUCUUCGCUUCAUUGCUCGACAGAGCGUUGCGGGUCAACCUGACAGCGCACGCCGCUGCUAACAUGCUCUCCAACCCAGCGAACCGCGACCUGAUGUACAUGGAGUGGAUCUCCAUGAUCAAUGUGCGGAAACUUGCCGAGAGUAUCCCAACCCGGGGCAUGGACGAUGUCGUGCAUCUUCUGCUCAACGAGAUGCGGGAUUUGCUCAAUCCUGUCAACGUGCCGUGGGAGGUAGAGUGUUUGACGGUACAGGGUGAAAUCGCCGUGCGGAACGGCAAGCCACCACAGGAGGACACUACUGAUGAAAGCGAUUCGUCUAACGUGCUGGAUCGCUGGGUCAAUUUGCUGCGGUCUCUCCCCAGCAGGUUUCCCUAUGCCUCGGAUACGGACCUCGUCUGGUGUGUCCAGAGGCUAAGCACGGCGCUGAUGAGGGACCUGACGAUCGGACAAGGAAAAAGCUUCGGGUCGUGGUGGGUUACCAAAUGCUGGGUGGACGAGAUGAUUCAGUUCAUGGCGGAGCAAGGCGGCUUCAUGCAGCAAAAGUCAGCCAGCAACAACCCUGCCGUCCCAAAGCGUCAGUCAGCGAACCGAGAAUUGAGUCAGCAGGGAUCGCGGUACAGCAGCGCCAGCGACGACUUCAACAUGGCGCGCAUGCCGGAGCCACAGCCGGAUCGCGCGCCGUUUCCGUCGGGCCCCGCGGCCAACACGCAGCAAGCGACGCAUGAUGAUAGUGGGAUCGGUAUCAGGACGCCGGACGAGGAGUUGCCAGGCGAGAAGUUCAGCCUCACUCCCGCAACUACGCAAGACCUGUUUGCCGGCACAGAGCUGCAGGAUGAGCUAGGUGAUAUCUAAAUUGUCUCUGCCCCGGACGCGGUCGUGUUAAGGAGGUUUCUAUGAUUGUGUUUUAUUAGGCAUGGAGUUAUGGCGGCAGACAGCGUUGAUGUCACUGUCACGAUGGGACGAUUGGGAUGACAGAGCUAGCGGGUAUCAUUGCUUUUGACUAGCAGGGCUACGGGGGUUGGAUAUGUCGACUUAUGUUGUCAAUCAUGUAGGAUGUCUCCUGUGAAAGAAAUGGUUUGGCUGCGUUUGUUGGAUGGUUUGGCCAGCAACUUUGGCCGCGCAUACACUGGGGUUAGGCGCAGGCAGGAGGAUACUGUACUUUGGCAGCGAUAUCUUUAUUGACCUUAACUGCGGAUGGCAUGUCAAGACAACCCCUGAAUCCGAGGCAGUUGUGUCAGUUAUGUAUGAGAGAUCUUGUAGUUACCAGUUAGG